AUGAAAGUUACAGUAACCUUUGGAAAAACCGGAGUGGUCGUUCCGUGCAAAAAGGGAUGGAUGGUUCGGGACCUAAUCGAUCAAGCUACACAGAGAUACAAAAAGAUUGUGGAGCAGGAUGGGGAGUUCCUGGUGCGGACUCACCAUGUGGAGUACUCCGACGGGGGGAUUCUGGACCCAGACGACAUGCUCUCAGAUGUCGUUGAAGACAAAGACAAGCUCGUCGCGGUAUUUGAGGAAGAGGAGCUCCAGCAGAGGGCAGUGGUGAGCCCAGGGGGCAGUGUUGCAUCCGGCCACUCCAGCCCUGACCCCUACGAACCAGAGCUGAGAGCUCUUGACCCACACCAGGGCAGUGAGAUAGAAGUCAACUCCUCAGCCCUGCUGUCAAAUAACACUCUAUUGGUGAGAAGCAGCAGUGACCCCGCCCUCACUCCACGUCUUGAGGUUACGACACCAGAAUCAGACAGUUACAGAGCUCCUGCAACAGGCUCCAGCCAUGGACUGACAGUGAAGGGAGGAGCCAGUGAAAGGCCAAAGUUUGAGAUGACCUCCGCUCGCACAGCUCAGGCCCUAAACAGCAGUCUUACCAAGACAGUGGAGAUUUGUGGAGAUCGGGGACCUCUGGGCAUUAAAGUUGUACCAUACUGCUCUUCACUGAGUGGACGAACCCUGGGCCUGCUUGUGUGUGGCAUAGAGGAGAACAGCCGCUGUAAAAGAGAGGGCAUUUUUCAGGAGGAUGAGUGUAUUGUGCAGAUCAAUGACACGCCUUUAAUUGACAAGUCCUUUGCUCAGGCGCAGGAGGUUUUCCGUCAGGCCAUGGCCUCCUCCUCCCUGGUGCGACUUGAGGUUUUACCCACGUCCAACAAGCAGCGUUAUGAGAAAAGCCUGAUUGGGCAGCUCUUCAUUCAGCCCGAUGGUCCGGAGAGCACCCCGAAAGUCAAGAGUCCCUUUCUGCUCCGUGCGGCAACCAACUCCCCCACUGACACCAGACGCUCUGAAACCCCGCCCUCCCGCUCUCCUGAACCACUGCCUCCUGUCACCAGACCCGCCCCCGUGGAGCCGGAACGUCACACUGAGACCACGCCCCCUCUUCCUGUCAGUUCCUCACCCACUCCAAAGGGUCGCAGCGAGAGUCCUCAGCCGAAAAAGAACCCCGCCCUCACCAUGUUAAUGAACGCUGCCAAUAGGAAAGGCAGCAAAAAACUAAAGAUCGACCUUAAGAAAGGAACCGAGGGACUGGGCUUCACCGUGGUGACCAGAGAUUCGUCGGUACAUGGUCCAGGGCCCAUCCUGGUCAAAAGCAUUCUACCCAGAGGAGCUGCCAUCAAAGACGGCCGACUACAGUCAGGAGACCGCAUCCUGGAGGUGAACGGAGUGGACAUCUCAGGACGCACACAGGAGGAAUUGGUGGCCAUGUUGCGAAGCACGAAGCUGGGAGAGACGGUCUCUGUGGUUGUGGCCAGACAGGAAGAGAUGUUUCUGCCACGAGAGCUGAAAGGAGAACCCUCUGGCCCACCUGUGUCAGAGGACGGCCGGGAGCAGCUGAUGUUUGAGGUCCCACUGAACGACACUGGUUCUGCUGGUCUGGGUGUCAGCCUGAAGGGUAAUAAAUCCCGCGAGACUGGAGAGGACCUGGGCAUCUUCAUCAAGUCCAUCAUCCACGGAGGGGCCGCCUACAAGGAUGGACGUCUCCACGUCAACGACCAACUAGUAGCCGUCAACAGCGAGUCGCUGGUGGGUCGCUCUAACCACGACGCCAUGGAAACCCUGCGACGUUCCAUGUCCAUGGAAGGCAACCUGAGGGGCACCAUCCAGCUGGUGGUUCUUCGGGCUGUGGAUCGGCCUUCCGCCCAGGAAGCAAUGACCAAUCAGAACCAAGCUGUGGAACUCCCACAUGACCAGCAGCCAUAUUCCAGCCAACCCAAUGGCACCUCUCUACCUCCCAUGGUUACCAAUAACAUCUACGAGACUUCUCCCGUUCCACACAGACCCUCCAAUGGUGUUUAUGAGCCUCCUGAGGAAGACUACAAUGAUGAAGACUUCCCUCCCCCUCCGGCUAACCUGAUGGUUGAAUCGGACUACGCCCCCCAUCAGUCACAACUUCAGACAAGGGUGGAGAGGGAGCCGUCCCCUGGAUUAACCAAAGCACCACUUCACCAGCAACAGCAGGAAAACAAACCACCAGAGUAUUACAAGACAUGGACGUCCAAGAGCAUGGACCUGGAGUCUUCCCCCGGGGCUGCCACGGCGCUGGGGCCCAGGCUGGGUUUACAGAAGUCCAGUUCUCUGGAGAGCCUCCAGACCGCCAUGUCUGAGGCAACCAAGCCUGAGGUGCCCUUCCACCGGCCGCCCACUCACAUGGUGCGGGGCCGAGGCUGCAACCAGAGCUUCCGCCACGCCAUCGACAAGUCUUACGACGGCCCCUCCGAACCUGAGGAAGAUGACUCAGAUGAGAGCUCUGGCAGAGACACGCCUGUCAGUAGCUCCUCCCGACAAGAGCUGGAAGACGGAAAGAGUGAAAAGACCAAGAAGAAAAAGAAGAAAGAGAAGAAGAGCAAAGCGAAAAAGAAAGAUGACGGCGAGGAUACAGAGAAAAAGACUAAAAAGAGAGGUUUCGGAUUGUUGCGGUUUGGCAGGAAGAACAAGGAGGACAAAGCCAAAGCCAAGGCCAAACUCGGGGCACUGAGUGAGGAAGAGAUGGAUCGCAGUGAAGGGGAAGUCUUCAAUUCUCAGAGUGAAAGAAGCAGCCCAGCCCCAGACCGUGUGCUGCUGCCCGACGUGGAAGAUGAUGACCUUGACCCUAAUUACGCUCGUAUCAACAACUUCAGAGAGCCCCCUGUUUCAACCCACACCCCCUACCAGGCCAGUGGACCUGCCCCCCCUUACACCCAACCCACGGCUGUCGCCCCCAGCAGAGAGGCACCCAUGGAGGACCCACGUGAGGGGCUGUACGCCAAAGUAAACAAACAGAGGACUGCUCCUCCACCAGCAGUGGACAGUAAUGAGCGUCUGCAGCAGAUUCGGAGAGAACUACAGAAGACUCGUCCGGCUCCAGCCUAUGCCGAACAUGAGGCCCGCCACCGUGCCCAGGACUACGACACCUCACGGGUCGCGAGAGUACCGGAACCUCGUAUGGCUCCACGAUAUGACGAAGUAGACCGACAAUACGCAUCUGUGCCCAGGAGGAUAGCAGUGGAGGACUACCACUCCCAGGCCAGGGGCGGGCCCAGAGACCCAGGCCGCUACCCAAACCCCGCCCCUACCUAUGACGCCUACCCUCCAAGGCAGGGCUCACCGCGUUUACCUGUCCCCAGGUCUACGGAGGGAGCGGACGGCUAUUACCCCUCUCCACCCCCACACCACAGGGGUCCAAUCCGACAGGAUGUGCCCCCUUCUUCCAUCCCAAUCCAGCGGGGGGCACCGUCCUACGAGACGGUCAGCGCAGCAGGUUACCGCGCAUCUGGCCCCAACCGCUACACCUCGUAUGACGAAGAAUACCACCAAGACCCCCGGCAGAAAAACCCCAUGAUCGGAGCUGUGUAG